UCAGAAUUUCUUGUUCAAGAAAAUAAGGGUCUCUUGGGAAAGUCGACUUGCAACAGUUCUGUUCACCCUCAAACAUAUUCAUCCAAGCCCAUCAAGAAACCAGAGCAAAUCAUACUUCCACUUCUCGUGUAUCGUCCGGGUGGACAUAUCAAGAACAGUCGGGAAUGGAGAAUGAGAUUGACAAAUACCUGAUCAAAAAGUUCGAGAAUGUUGUUGAUGCUACAGACAGCAAGGGCAACCCCAAGAUCUCCUUGCACAGUCAGUUUGAUGAACUGAAGGUCCUGCUGCAGACGAAUAUCAAGUCGUGUACCUCUCAGGAUAAUUCCUCUGCGGGUAAAUUUUCCAAGGAGACAUCGAUCCGUCACAACCUUUACUAUCUGAACAACAUCCUGACCGAGUGCCAAACAACAUCCAAGAACCGCAUCUUCGGCAAUCUCAGCAUUCAGAGGCGCUUGAAGAGAAUCAAGGAGGAGAUCAGGACCGCCAGCUUGAAUCCAAAGCAGGGAUCGACCCAGAAAGGGACCCAGCAAGACAGAAACAGCGGCGGGUCAUCGAGCGGAAAAUCUCAAUCCUUCCGCCGGAGCUAUCCUGCUGCAGACCUUGAGAAGAUUUACGGGUUUGAUGAUGAACUGGCAUAUCUCAACAAAUCUCUGAUGAACAAAUCUCUGAUUCCAGAGGUUCAGUUCAAGGCGAUCGGGAUCGUGGGCAUUGGGGGGAUCGGGAAGACGACUCUGUGCUGGAAGUUCUUCAAUAGCGAAGUGGUGAUGGCCCACUUUGCUCCUAGGAUUUGGGUUUCUGUUUCGAGGGGGCCAGAUGAAGACACGGAUGCCAUAAAAGUGGCAAUCCUGAAGGAGAUGUUACUGCAAAUAGGGGCCGAAGAAGAGGUCAUUCAGAGUGAUCUUUCCGGUCAUCGAAUUGGGGGGCUUCUCAGUUUACUUCACCAGCAUCUGUGGGGGAAGAGAUAUUUGAUUGUUUUCGAUGACGUUCGUUUUGAUGAUUUUCACAAAAACAAAGAAUGGUACCAGGACUUGGAGACUUGCCUUCAUGGAAAGGAAUGGGAGAAGAAGCUCGCCCAUGGACUGCCAAAAGGUCAUGGAGGGACAGUGAUUGUUACGAGCCGGAGCGAGGAAGUGGUGAAGAAGAUGGUGGGAAGGGAAAAUCUGCAUCGGAAGAUGCCCCUUAAUGAUGAACAUUGCUGGCAUAUAUUCACAGAUGCAGCUGGUCGAGAUGUCAAUAACAAGGAACUGAGAGAGGAAAUCAAGGAGAAAUGCAAGGGCGUUCCAUUGGCUGCAAAGGUGAUGGGUCAGAUCGUGAGGAAACACUUUCAAGAGCAAUCACAGAACGGAAACGUCAAUCCACAGUAAAUUAUGCAUUUAGAAGACAUGGUAGGCAUCACUAUGCUCAGGCAUGUCACUCUCGUUUCCUUACCACUAUAAAUGCCCGAUUUCUUUUUCCCUUUUCUUCGAGUGACAUCUUUUAAGAACUUUGUCAUUAGUGAACUGAGAUAUCCAUAAGUUAUUUCUACACAUUUCAUCCCACUUCAGAACUAUAAACUUGGGAAAGGAUUUUUAUCUGAGGUAACUUCUUGUAAUAUUGUGUAUGAGCAUGGACCACUGCCUUGAAAUGUGAACGGAUCUUAGUCAGCAA